AUGGCGAAAGAAAUUACUAAAAAACGAAAAACUCCUUCAAAAGGAGCCGGCAACGUCAAUUCAUCCUCGAAACGUCGAGCCGUGGCAAGCGAUCAGUCAAAGAAUGAACAGGCCAAGAUCGAAGAGCUCGAAGCUCAAAUAUCCGAGUCGAGAAAAUACUACAACAAUAUCGCGACGUUGAUUUCUAUGCUUAAUGUCACCGGUAAUAAGGAUGCUAUCGAACAACCCAAUCUUGCAGUGGCAGUUCCCCUGUGUCGAGUUUUCUGUCGACUUAUUGCCGGCGGAAACUUGCAAAUGCCUUCCAAGGCUAGCGAGCAGGAACAGAUUGUUGUGCGGUGGUUGAAGGAGAGAUUGCAGGAAUAUCAGAGUGCUCUGUUGGAUAUUAUUCGAUACGCGGACUCGUCUUCUCAGAUCACUGCGUUGACAUUGUCUCUGCGACUCGUAAACGUGCGCGCAACCCAUAUCCCCGAAGCAGAAGUUCAGGUGUGGACUUCAGGUUUAUUCCAGAAUAUCUUUGGAGCUUUGAUCGAGGCGGAAGAUGGCCAGGCUGUUCGCUCAGAAUUUGUUGAAAAUUUUGUAAAGGAGUACGACGACGUGAGGUUUUAUACCUUUCAAAAGAUAGCAUCCUAUAGCCCCGAAGUACAAUCAUCCGAAACACUCGAACGACUAAUCUGGAUCCUAUCCCAAUGCGACUCCAUCCCACAAGACUACAAAUUCACAAAAUUCUACGGACAACAACCCACGGAAAAAGGAAAAUCAAAAUCCCCUUUAUUAUCUGUCAACUCGCACCGAAGGCACGCCCAAGACGCAUGGCUCUCAAUCCUACGAAGCAGCGAUCUCUCUGAAUUUCAACGCAAAUCCCUGCUCAAAAGAAUGUCCCACACAAUCGCACCCUGGUUUCUUCGUCCAGAACUCCUCAUGGAUUUCCUGACAGAUUCCUAUAACGCCGGCGGCUCAAUCGCUCUCCUCGCACUAUCGGGACUUUUCUAUCUUAUCCAAGAACGGAACCUCGACUACCCACACUUUUACACAAAACUCUACUCUCUCCUAGACUCGGAAUUACUCCACUCAAAACAUCGAUCUCGAUUUUUUCGUCUACUCGAUACAUUCCUAGCGUCGACGCAUUUACCCGCCACACUAGUGGCAAGUUUCAUAAAACGACUGGCACGAUUAGCGCUCAACGCUCCCCCAAGCGCAAUUGUAGCCAUCGUCCCGUUCGCCUACAAUCUGCUCAAAUCCCAUCCAACAUGCACGUUCAUGAUCCAUCGCGAAAUACUCGACAAGAAACAAAAAUCCAUGAUCGAGGCACAGGGCAUGACAGACCCAUUCCUACCAGACGAAACAGAUCCUACACUCACAAACGCAAUCGAAAGUAGUCUCUGGGAAAUCGAGUCCUUACAAUCACACUACCACCCCAACGUGGCUGCGAUUGCGCGGAUAAUAUCGGAACAAUUCACAAAGCAAUCGUAUAAUAUGGAAGACUUUUUGGAUUAUAGUUAUCAGGGUAUGUUGAUGGCUGAAUUGGGGGUGGAAGAGAAACCCUUCCGUAAGGCGCCGGUGGUUGAGUUUCAGAUUCCCAAGAGGAUUUUUACGGAUAGAUUGUUGAUGGAGGAGGAUCGGGGGGAGGAUCGGGGGACGGGGAGUUUGUUGAGGAAGUUGUGGGAGUUUCCUGCUGCAUAGAUUGCAAGGAUGUUUAUGAGACUUAUGAUUUUCUGAGGUAUUUAUUCUAUUUCUUUUGAUUUCACUGCGU